CCCGUCCCGCCCCGUCUUGUCCCGCCCCACCGGCAUGCAGAGGUCACCGCCUCCAAACUUUCGACGGACCGCAGCGUGCCGCGCCGCUGACCCAUCGCCAGGUUGGAAAGAGCCGCCCCGGGACAGCUCUGUUGCUUACACCAGGCUGCUGCAAGGAUGGGGCCCCUAGAAGCAGCAGGAGAAGAAAACCAGACAGAUGAAAUGAAAAUGGAGCUGUUCACCAAACUGCACUUGCCAAGAUACACCACACCACUCAAUGAAUUGGCUCUGGACCCUAAACCAGAACUGAAGGACAGUACAACGCUAGUUGAAGUACAAAUAAUCCUGAUCUUUGCUUACUGCUCCAUCAUCUUGCUGGGAGUGAUUGGAAACUCUCUUGUGAUCCAUGUGGUCAUCAAGUUCAAAAGCAUGCGCACAGUGACUAACUUCUUUAUUGCCAACCUGGCUGUGGCUGACCUGCUGGUGAAUACAUUAUGUCUGCCCUUCACAUUGGUUUACACGCUGCUGGGAGAAUGGAAGCUGGGACCAGUCUUGUGCCACCUGGUGCCUUAUGCCCAGGCCCUUGCUGUGCAUGUGUCUACUGUUACUUUGACUGUGAUUGCUUUGGAUCGGCAUCGUUGUAUCGUCUACCACUUGGAAAGCAAAAUCUCUAAGCGGAUCAGCUUCCUGAUUAUAGGAGUUGCCUGGGCAGUCAGUGCCCUGUUGGCAAGCCCUCUGGCCAUCUUCCGCGAGUACUCACUGAUUGAGAUCAUUCCUGACUUCAAGAUUGUGGUGUGCUCUGAGAAGUGGCCAGGGGAGGGACAACUCAACUAUGGCACCAUCUACAGCAUCUCCAUGCUCCUUAUCCAGUAUGUGCUGCCUCUGGCAGUCAUCUCCUAUGCAUACACCCGUAUUUGGACCAAGCUCAAAAACCACGUUAGUCCUGGGGCAGGGAAUGACCAUUACCACCACCGGCGGCGGAAAACCACCAAGAUGCUGGUGUGUGUGGUUGUGGUGUUUGCUGUCAGCUGGCUACCAUUUCACACUUUCCAGCUAGUCAGUGACAUUGACAGUCAGGUAUUAGACCUGAAAGAGUACAAAUUGAUCUACACAGUGUUUCAUGUCAUUGCCAUGUGCUCAACAUUUGCUAACCCCCUUCUCUAUGGCUGGAUGAAUAGUAACUACAGGACGGCUUUCCUCACGGCCUUCCAGUGUGAGCAGCGUCUGGACUCCAUCCACCCUGAAGUAUCAUCAGCUUUCAAACCUGGGAAGAAACUAGAAGUAAAGAGGAUUCAAUUCCCAGGCGACUCUUUCACACAACCUACCAAUGUCUAAGAUAUCUGAAUUAAAAGAAGGAAGGAAUAUGUUGUGGACAAAGGGAUACAUCCAUUUUGACACAUGCGUUUUUAAUGCAUAGUUUUAGUCAUAAAAGGUGAAAGAAAAAUAGUAGGAAAGUCAGGGAAGGUGGGAUAAUUUGGUGGUAGUAGAUUGGCUUCAGGAGUAUGUAACUAUACAACUGCAAGGACAUAAAAGGUUGAUACUGUUCAUGGCUGUCUCCAAGAGGGUGAGAGACACUGCCAUUCCUCCUGUUUAUUCCUAUGAAGUCUAAAUGACAAAGGCAGAGUUUACUGACUUUGCUGUAAGAUUUGCAGCACUGAUUUGUAGCACAGGAGUACUGAUGGUGGGAGCAGGUCAUUUUUACAUUGGAUAUGGAGAUCAGGGAGAGCAGAAGUCUGCCAGAAGAACGAAGCUUGUGGGAGGGGAAUGGGAUGUCCUGAUUAAAAUUUGAACUUUUUGGACCCCUUCUCUCCCACAGGCAUCUUUUACAAAGAUAAGAGAAUUAAGAACAGAAAUAUGUUACUGGGUUUUGGCUUGUAGUGAAAUACUUCAAACCAGAGUAUUUGAAAUGGAUUUGGGAAAAACCCAAACCAGACCCAAAAGCCCACCCAAACAACAGAUUCAAUGUGAAGAAAGGUCAAGUUUCUAUAUAAAAUGAAAUGUGGGGUUUGAUCAGUCAAAUGGGGUAAAAAGUCAGUUCUUAAGAGCCAGCUGUGGUUAUGCUGGUGAGAAAAUCAGAAACUGUGACCUGAUCAGUCAUUCCCUGCAGAUCCUUACCUUUCAUUCUGCACUGGUAACAGCUCACAAAUGCAGUGCUUUGAAGUGGCAUUUGAGGGCAGGGUAUGCAGGCUCAGGUCUUCUGUAAGCCUUUCAUAAACUGCCAAUGUUUUAAUUUUCAGGACCUGCUUAAAUGUCUGACCUGUUAUUAACUCCACAGGUUUUGAAUUGUUGCUGCUUUCUCCAUGGAUAAUAAAACAGCAGAUAAUUUUGAUCCUCUGGAAAGGCUGCUAAAUGGUAAUGUGCUUUUCCUUGUUGUGGUUUUAUGUCACGCACUCAUCUCAUCUUGGAGCUUUUUCCAUCUUUAGCCUUUGUAAAAAUUAAGAACAUUUGAAUGACUGUAACCUAAUAACAGUAUGCUAGGUUUAUGUGAUAACUUAUCAGUUAUUCUGCAUGCUGUAGUUAAUAGUUAAAUUCCCUUUUUGCUCAGGUAUAAAAUUUUAAUCUGUUUACUCUGUUGUACACAGCAAUGUUCAACUCUUCUGUGUCUUUAUUUAGCCCUCUUUGAACUUGUUAAAGAGACUGAGAAAUUUUCAAUCUGUGUUUAUUCCAAGCUGCCCUGUUGUUUAUCUACAAUAAAAAUAAGCAUGGUACUUUCACUUGGAGUCACUCUCUACCUAAAGUCAUCUUGCUCUCUCUUACAAAUUAAAAAAAUACCAACAAAACUCCAGUACUGAAGUGUUACCAGAUUUUUAUCCAGUGGAGAAAUUAAUCUUUGUAUAUGCAUUAUUUGACACCAUCCUCUAAAUAUCUAUGAAAAUAUUUGAACUUGGAUUUUCAUGAACAGAGAAGAGAGGUCUAGAGAAUUAGUGUUUACUCAAGCAGGAAAAUGUAUCCAUCAUUCUUAAAUAGUUUUACAAAAAUAGGUUCUCAGCCAUGUUGAGAGCAUGAUAUUGGCCACAAGUUAUUUUUGUCUGACUAUUAAUAGUAUUCAAAAUUUAAGCACAAAACUGUUAUGGGUGAGGAAGGAUUACAGAAUUGUGCAAUUAUUAUGGACAUCAAUCAUAUGUAUCAGUUACAGUUGACUCUGAGUCCUUCAUCAAGAGUAUUAUUGCCAUAAAUAGCCUCCUUUAUUUAAAAAGCAGAUGAUUUAAAACUUCUAUUUCAACUCCUUUAAGCCUGUUAGAGUGUGGUGUA